ACCUGCGAUUGUGCUCUCCCGCGGAGCUGCUAUCGUGAUCUGCUCGGGCAUCGUACGGCGAUGGCCCAGAAACUGCUGGUAAGGGGGCGCCAGGCGGACGGCAAGGUUCUGCUGGAGAGAUUGUUGAGGUCCAGUGUGGGCGUACCCAAUAAACCUUGGGCAAGAAGGCAAACCGCCCGAGCAAUGGGCCCAAACCACCCCGAGGAUGGACGAACGUUUUCGAAAUGUCGUUGUUGCGUCUAUACGCAAUACCGCGAGUACGAGCGGAGCAUGGUUCUUUGCAACAGUGGGCAAUCCAUCAAACGUCUACUGCUCACUGUGUCUCAACUGCUGCUCCAGUCUACCCGGAAAUGCUUGUCAUGCACCUACUUUGAUGGAACCGAACUUCAUGACCAUGACGUGGGCGAGGCUCUGGCCAAACAUACUGAGCGUCGGACGGACGUUGCUAUUGAGCCCUCAAUUGCGGCCGCCUCGGUGUGUCGCAUGGUAGCCACGGGGACUGAGACAACUACUGCUGUAGAUCGGAUGGACGCUUGUUCAUGAAAGUUCCCUCGAGCCGUUCGUCGAAAACCCGAGUGCUGAACGUACUUUUUGCGACUCUGCCGGUGUGUUCAAGAAGGAUCUGGUUGCUGUUAUUAGCAAAGAAAGCAGUUUUGGCAGGUCUGUCUCC